AGAGCAUGAAGGGAAAGGCUUUCCUUCAACUUGACACCCACAGCACUGCUGGGCCUAGUAGUAGCGUUUAAAUAGAGCAGGCAAAUCAAGGUCAUGGGGGCGAAGUGGAAAGACAAGGACACUCACCAUUACCAGUUAUGCCUGGGCUCUCACUCACUCUUGAUAGCCCUAUAGAUUCUGACCCUCUGCCCUCCAAACUUGCCUUUCGUCGCCCACCUCCCCCGUGGAGAUCAAAUAAUGUCAAUGUUGACAGCGUCAAGGCAAAUGGAAUCAGUAAUGCAGAAAAUAGUGGUGCAGAGUGUGAGCAGACUGGCGAAACCCAUCAAACAUGCUGUGACAACUCUCCUGCGGCUUCAGAUUCACACAGCUCGACACUCCCUAUCACACCCUCGCAACAGGCCGUGUUUCUCCACCCACCGCCUGUGUCCCCGUCGCAUCUCACGCUUCUCUAUUCCAAUCACACUCCUCCAGCAAGUGUGCUUAACUCAAGCUUCAAUUUCAAUCUUACCAAUGGUGGCUGCCUUGGGAAUGUGAGUUCAUCUCCACCGAUGCCCGUGACACCAUCCACUGCAAGGCCAACGCCCACAACUUCCACACCUGGUAGCACUUCUUCCGAUGUCAAAAGUGAGCGCAAAGAAUUGGUCAUCUCUAUGAUCCUCCCUAACUUCCUCAUUCAUCUCCGCCAAUACCCCACUUCUUCUGAUGCCAAAAACGAGCGCGAAGAAUUCAUCAUCUCUACGAUCCUCCCUAACUUCCUCUUCCUUGGCCCUGAACUCAUUUCACCUUCACAUGUCUCCGAAUUAAAAUCCCUAGGCGUGAAGCGAAUCAUUAACAUUGCGGCUGAAUGUACAGAUGAUCACGAGGCUGCUCUCUACAACGCACCCACAUAUGUGCACUGUAAAACUGGAAAGUCACGUAGCGUCACCGCAGUGAUGGUGUAUCUUAUCCACAGCCACCACUGGCCGCUGGCAUGCGCAUACCAGUUUGUACUAGAGCGUCGCAAAGGUAUCAGCCCGAAUAUUGGGUUUGUAAGCAAACUCAUAGCAUUUGAGGAAGCAGAGCUUGGGCGUAUAACAAAGCCCAAGUCAUCUGCCACAGUGAGUGAAAGUAGUGUUGGUGACGUCGGUGUGGGCACGGGCAGGCGGCCAGCGCAUGUUAGGGAGAGCUUGCCACCAAUGCCUUCAUUGGAUUGUGAGGAGGAAGAAGCAGGAGACAAAAUAGGCCAGGACAUGGAGAUAAGGGACCGGGAGGGACGGUAUCCCCAUGUCAGGCGGGCUCCGGUGGAUGAGAACACUUUGCAGCCAAUUAGGCGAGUGAGCAAGGCAGGUCUCAAGAGUGCUAGAUCGAUAAAUAGUGCUAAUGGAGACGUGACAUGA